AUGGUGAGUGUUGUGGUUUUCUUGGUGCUGUGCAUUUUCUCAGUGCGCUGUAUGGAUGUAGAGGAUAUGGACAGAAUAUACUAUAAAAUACAGAAUGAUACUAAAUAUGUUCCAGGCGGAAAGAAAGUUCCAAGCGCAUCAAUUCUAGAUGAAAUGAAUAUACAGUUUGUAGUUGGCGAGAAAAAAAAGGAGCUCAGUAAAUACUAUACACCUUUAAUAGUAAAGAUAGACAAACUAUUGAAUCUGGCAGGGAAGGAGCUGGUGCAUUCAGAUAAAAACAACAAAAUUAUUCUUACUCCAUUUAAUAGUAUAAAAUUGUUGAAUGAUGAUGGGGAAGUGAAUGUAGGGUACUAUGCAGGUAGCUAUAUAAAAAAAGACAGAAUAAUACAGAAGUAUAUAAAUGGAGAUGUAUGUGAUAUAUGUAAGAGCAAGAACUGGACAGGCGCAGUACAUUACAUUGCAGACUCAAAUGAAACACAUCUAUCUGGCCCCGUGGAGGCAUCUACAUGCAGUUAUAAGUUUUUAGUAAGUGGCAAGGAUCUGACAAAUAUGGAUGAGUAUACUGUGCUGAAUGCAACACUGGCAUAUACAGACUCUGAUAAAUCCAGCGAUAUUAAAGAGCAUGCAAAUGCAUCUGGUAAUGCAGAGCAGAAAUCAGAAGAAGCCACCCCACCAAAUACAGAAGGCCAGAAGCAAGAUGGUGAGCAGGGGAAGAAUACAGAAGAAAAACCAACAGAUGUAGUAGAAGAGAAAACAGAUAUAGUAGAGGAGAAAAAGAUAGAAAGCAAUUCAGAAGGUGUGCACACAGCAAAGAAAGACUUAUAAGGGGACUUACUGCUGUAGUUGUAGCAUAUAUACAGCUUUCACUGAUUGGCUCACUAAAUCCUGGAUUAUAACUAGCGGAGGGUAGUUGGGCACCAAUCAAAUAGAUUUAGUGGUGUAGUAUAGAGAGUGCAUGGACAAAUGAACAUGCACUAUUAGCUGUCAAAUUAAAAUUGAUCUGUGCAUGCACCAAUGAGUAUCUAGAGUUAUGGCCUUAGUGUUUAGCAAAUUGACCAAUAGAAAAGGAUAUUCUAAGUAUGUUUUUCAAAUUUAGCAGUUUUUAUUCAAAAAUAAAUUAAAUAGCAGCGAAUUUAUGCCAAAUAGAUUAGCAAUCAAUAAAAAAUCAUGAAGA